AUGUUCUACAGCAAGGAGAUCCUCGCUAGGAAGGAUAGUCAGCUUGGCUUGAUCUGCAAGGACAUCUCCCAACCCGUGGAGCCCUUCGCCCUGCGAUUCUCUUCAAACCUGAUGGUCGGUGUCACUCGCGUUUACAGUCAGCAGUACAACUUUUAUUAUUCGGAUGUCAGCAACACAUGGAUGAGACUGAAGCGGGACCUUGCUGCAGUGCAGUCUGAGAACUUGGAUAUGGUGAACCCUGGCGCAAAGUAUAUACCUUUGAUCAAUGCGAUCACCUUUGGAUAUGACUUGACGAUUGAGCAGGAUCUCUUCCGACCAGUCGACAUCGUACAGAACUAUGAGAUCGAGGUCGCACGCACUAGCCGUAGCAAGGAUGUUGCGGUCGAGUUUGGCUGGGCGACUCAGUCCUUGUUGGAUGUCAGCGACACGUCUUCGGAUGACAUGUCCCCUCCUCCUUCGUUCCUGUUGCCAGUCUCAGACGAGAGACGACGCAAAAUCACCUUGGACGAACUACCAGGCAUGGCAGGGGCGGCACCUGGAAUAGAGUUUGAAGCCAUGAAUCAAGGCUUGACAGACGACAUGCUUAUUGGAGAAGAUGACGGGUUGUACAUUGAUGCAGAGGGGAAUCUCAGGGCUGACAUGCCAGAGCAAGGUUUCGUUAUCGGGGAUGAUGGAUCUAUCUUUCCUGGAUUCCCAGAUACCCCAGCAACGGCACGAGCACUUGGCAAGCACCUGAGAGAAGAAUCUGCCCUGAGCGAACGUAUUGUGCCCGAGAGCAAUGAUAUCUUUGACGAUCUUCUGCUGGAUGAUCGCUAUCCGGAUGUUCCGUUUGGUGAGGAAAUGGACGGUGCCGUUGCUGGUGCUGGUCAGGUCAAAAAGCAGAGAAGUGGCAGCAGACAACGAAAGCCUGCAGGACUGAAGUCGGACGAGGAAACGAUUCUGUCGGAAGAAGAGUUGAAGGCGUUCAGGGAUAACUAUAUCAGUGACCAAGCAGGGAUCAUCCGAGACCGUGAUGCAAAAGAGACUGUUGCAUCGGUCAAGGCACACAUCGACAAGCUUCUUAUCCAACCGCUCGGUAUCGCUGGAUUUGGCACAGACCUGGGUAACUUUUGGAGCAUUGCAGCGACUCAUGCACUUGACCACGCCCGCGUGAGGCACAGGGGGGAUGUCUUGUCCAUCGAGCAGCCCAGGAAUGGUCAAGCUGGCACUGCUCGAGGCACCCGUGAACAAUCGUGGCUUUCAGGGGAUGAAGACCCUUUGUUCAUGGAUGAAGUACCAGAUCCAGAGAGGGGCCGUCGCCUGACCAACCCACCCAGUGCUGAUACGCCUGCAGGAGUGAGCACAGGUGGAUUUGAUGGGCUGGACAGUGUCAGUAUCAACAGCAGAGGUCGUCCCUUACCCUGGGAAGAGGAAGCUCUUGGCAGAAGUGUUGGUGGUCGCAGCGAGAGAUCGAGUGACUCUGACCAUCCCUGGCAAGAUUUCGACGCUGCGUUUGAUCAAGGUGCAGGUUGCGUCCUCUUUUCACGACGUCGUCGUCGAACAAGGUCGGUGGACAGUCGAUCGUCAGCAGAGUCGGGGACUGUUCGAGGAGCGAUAGCUUUGGGGGUAGGCUUGGAGGGAGAGGAAGACGAGCCUUCGAUUCGCCGACGACGACACCAGUCCAUUCUAGGACGGUCCCGAACACCCUCGCAAGAUCGAGGACGACAUCAUUCGCCCUUUGAAGAUGUAGGUGGUGAGAUUGAAGAGGACGUUGUUGGUGGUGAUGGCAGUGGUAUUGGUGGAGGGACUGGAGCAACUCAGGAGAGACUUGCCAUAGAAAAGGCAACAGCCAACUUUUUAGCUUACACACGGUCGCUGCUCAAGCAUUUGAACGCCACCUCGUUCUCGUUUGAGGAUGUUAUCGCCCCUCAUCGCCGAAAGGACGUUGCCGCUGCCGCGUUCUACCACAUUCUCGCACUCUCGACUAUGGGUGUGGUGCACCCGAAGCAGGAUGUCUCCUAUCAGGACAUUCAGGUCGAGCUCAUUGGAUAA